CUUUUGGUUGGUUUCAGGCUAACCUGGCCAAGUUGCAUCAUCCAUUCAUCUCCCACGGUCCUACCCGCCACAAUUUCGCUUUGGAUCCUCCUCUUUGGUCUAUAGUACUCGGAUCAUAUGUUUAAUCCGUGUCGGGCAUUGUAUAAAGGAGUGAGUCAGUCUGUUCUCUCUACGAAUUCACCUCAUUUUUUUUUUGGCGGGAGAGAAGCAAGAAGUAAGAAGAAGCGCGACAGAGAUGGGAGAAGAGCAGGAGAUGGGAGAUGAACAGGUGGCGGAGGAGUUUUCUGUAUGGAAGAAGAACACACCUUUCUUAUACGAUCUGGUCAUCUCUCAUGCCCUCGUAUGGCCAUCGCUCACCGUUCAGUGGCUCCCUUCUUUGCCCCAAACCGACGCCGAAGACGCAUCCUUCGCCGUGCACAAGCUAAUCCUCGGGACCCACACAUCAGACGACGCUCCGAACUCCCUCAUGAUCGCCGACGUGCACCUCCCUCUUCCUCCAGACAACUCCUCCGAAAUCGACAACUCUCAGCCCUCCAAAAGCCUCACCAUCCCCAAGGUUGAGGUUACACAAGAGAUACGUGUUGAUGGAGAAGUUAAUCGUGCUCGACACAUGCCGCAAAAUGCCUCUCUUGUUGCGGCUAAAACUAGUGGUUCCGAUUUGUAUGUUUUCAACUGCACCAAACACCCAGCAAAACAUCAAGGGGGUCCGUGUGAUCCUGAUUUGCGAUUGAGGGGUCACACUAAAGAAGGUUAUGGCUUAUCUUGGAGUCCUUUCAAAGAGGGCUACCUUCUUAGUGGUUCAAAUGACUCCAAAAUAUGCUUGUGGGAUAUCUCUAAAAUGCCUAAAGAUAAAGUGCUUGAGGCGAUGCAUAUAUGCGAGGUUCACGAGGAUGUGGUGGAAGAUGUUGCAUGGCACUUGAAGAAUGAAAAUUUAUUUGGGUCAGUAGGGGAUGAUCGACGGUUGAUGAUUUGGGAUAUGAGAUCGUCUUUGUUGAACAAACCGCAACAAUCACUUUUAGCUCAUGAGAAAGAGGUGAACUAUUUAUCGUUCAAUCCAUUUAAUGAAUGGAUUCUGGCAACAGCAUCUUCAGACACCACCAUUAAUCUAUUUGAUUUGCGGAAGCUAACAACAGCAUUACAUAGCUUUUCUGCACACAUGGAGGAGGUAUUCCAGGUUGAGUGGAGCCCUCACCAUGAAACUGUCUUGGCAUCUUCUGCUAAUGACAGGAGGUUGAUGAUUUGGGAUCUUAACAGGAUUGGAGACGAGCAGUCUGAAGGAGAUGCUGAGGAUGGGCCUCCUGAGCUUCUCUUUUCUCACGGCGGUCACACAUCUAAGAUUUCGGAUUUCUCAUGGAAUCAAAAUGAACCCUGGGUUAUAUCAAGUGUAGCUGAGGACAACAUCCUUCAAGUCUGGAAGAUGUCAGAAAGCAUUUAUUAAGAUGAUCAUUAACAUAUAAACCAUGAUUAAUCAUAGGUUGCAUUUAGCUGGGAAUAAUGUGUACCUUAGCAUGAAAUUGCAUUGCACUUUCUCCCUGAUAAUGGAAGCUUGGCCGGGGCAUUAAGCACUAUUAUCAACUUUCAAUUGGAUCCCAGGCACAGAAUAGUUUGUCUUGGGAGGAAAAUGUUAUAUUUCCAAAUCAAUGCAGGUAAAUCAUUACCAGUUCACUGGCCUUGUCCUAAAAUUGUCACUGGAUGUACCAUUCCUCUCGAUUUUCAUUGUGAUUCAGUAUCUUGGUUAUGUUGGACAUGGUUGUACAAUUAAUUGGUCGAGUUCUUUAUUUCUCAGACUCAUCAGAGUGUGUGUGUGUGUGUUUGUGUUCAAGGACAGCAAGAGUAACAGUUUCCUCUUCGGAUUUGUCUUGUA